UUCCGGUUUGUUUGUGCAAUAGCUGUUUUUGUGUGUAUUUUAAAGAAAAAUGCUGAAACCGACACUUAUAGCGUGCAUCCUGGCGCAUAUGCAGUUUCAUGAAUGCAAACUUCAACCAGUCAUGUUUUAAUGGCCGUUUGGGGUACUACAUUUCUGUUCACUCUCUAGAAACAAAAGAAUAACUCGUAGACAAACUGAACCAACAUGGAUCAGAAUCCCGAGAGCGAAUGCCUUGACUUGAAACUAUGUACCGAAAUGGAGAAGCUCGCAGAUCAGUUGACAGAAUCGGGUAAACCGGUACUGAAUGCUGAUGUGAUGAAGUCGUUCAAGAAAAUAUGCCGGAUAUCAGAUUUGUAUGUGAAGCAUGCAUUUCAUAUGUUGAUUACGAAACUAGAAGAGGACCAUUCCGAGGUUCGGCUGUCUGCCUUCCAAAUGGUGGAUGAGUUAUUUAACCGAUCACAUGCCUUCAGGGAACUUCUAGUGUCUGAGUUCCAGCGCUUUUUAGAAUUAACAGUCGAGGUAGAUUUUGAGCAGCCUCUUCCUCCCCCCAAGGCUGCAGCAGAUGCCCUGCGGACUAACUCACUCAAGGCCAUACAACAGUGGCAAGAGAAGUAUGGAGAAGCCUACAAAAAACUCAAGCUUGGUUUCAACUACCUUUCCACAUGCAAACAUGUGAAUUUUGACAAUAUAAGAGCCAGAACACUGGCUGAACAGCAGCGACAGAGGGAGGAUGAAGUGAAAAAGAAACGGAUUGCUACGGAAAGAAUAAAGAAAACUUUGUGUGAAAUAGAAGAUAUGGGAGGAGACAUACAAAACAGUCUAAAGGAAGUACACACCUGUUUUGAUCUGCUCCUACCAUCACCAGAAAACUUCUUUAUCAAAUCCCAGGAUGAUAAAAUGCAGGGAGGUCAGACAAGCUGUGUCUCAAACACAAAACACUCAGAAAAUUUAGUAACGGAUUCAGACUUCAAAAAAAGUGCAGACUUGUUCAAUGGAAGUGAAAUUUCUGGUGUUAGAAGUGGCAAUGAAAAUACUGUAGAUCAGUCAAACUCUGUGUUAGAUACAAAAUCGGAUUCAACUAGUCAAACAGUUCAUGUUUUGAAAAAGACGAAUUGUGAACCUUCUACCUCUAGUUCAGAAAGUUUAAAGGGAGAUAAUUCAUCUGUUAAGGGAGAUAACUCAGUGACAGAGAAUUGUAUGAACAAUGCUGAAAACUGUAGUGAAAAUGAUGUUGUAAUUUCAAAAGCAAAUGAUGAUAGCGACAAUUUGAGAAAUGGAAGUAAAAGCCAAAAUGAACAAAAUUUGAAUGAUUCGGAAGAAGAUGACAAUGAUGAAGAGGAGGAAAGUGACGAAGAGAGUGAUAUGGAUAGUGUAGACGAAGAAGAUUUUGUCCAGCAACAUGGAUUAGGCACACACCAGUAUAACAUCACUAUUGAUCUAAAUCAAGGACCUGUAUCACUACAGGAAACAGAGGAUAACCAAGCAGUCCUUACUACGCUAAAGGAUUUGUACAGAGUCCUUAUGUCCAAGUAUUUCCCUACAGUCCAACACUGGCUACAGGUUCUCUCUAAAUAUGGAGCCAAACAAGACGAAAUUAAACAAGUCAUCGACCUGAAGGCAGAGAUUGAGAAAACCAAGAAAAAGUUUCACGAGUUGAACAUCAUCCCAGACGAAAAACUUAAUAAGGAUAAUGAUUCAGAUGAGAGCGAAGAAGAUUUUGAAGAAGUUCCCGAGAAGGAAGGAUACGAACCUCACGUUCCAGCUCACCUCCGUGCUGAGUAUGGGUUACAGCCCCUGCCAAGCUCAAGUACAGCAGGCCCAAGUCAGCUAGGGAUAGCUCAUCUGAAGAUGCCCCCUGUCAAAGUAGUCAAGCCUUCACCAGUGAAAAGUCAGAUUUCGCCAGGAAAGAAACCAACGCCUCACUACUGGGACAUCAACUGUCGCCUAGAGGAGGACAGCGCCGAUGAUCCUGCCUCACUCAAGGCCAACCUGACCCGCCUGGGGAAGGAAGUCAGUAAACCAGGCCCAAGCUCUUCAUCUUCGACUCGUGGGAAGAAAAGGAAACAAUCUAGUUCUUCUAGUGCUGCUGAAAAUUCCAGAAAAGAGAAACUGUUAGAAAAAGCACCUUUGAUCUCGUAUGGCGUGGACUUGGAGCAUUGGGAAGACCCAGAAAAUAUUGCCAUGCCUAUGGUAGAAAAGUAUGACUCCCUGCACAGAUUCUGGACACCGUCAGAAGAGGCUAGUGAUGUUCCAGAAAAGGAGGGAAGGGCUGCGAUGACCAAGCGUAACAUGACCUACACAGGGAAUUUUGAGCCUGUCCAAUGGCAUUGCCGUGCUGCGCUGCCGAACGGUAAACUCUGUGAGAGGAUGGACAGAUUCAAGUGCCCCUUUCAUGGGAAGGUCAUUCCACGAGAUGACCUUGGAAAUCCCACCGAUCCAGAGGACAUUGCUAGACUGGCCAGUAAUGAGCCGGAUGUUAUAGAUGAGGUACCUCCUUGGCAGGACGCAGAACUCCAGGCAGACAUUGAGGCAGCCACUGGCAUUGACCUUGGAUCUUUGAGGUCAAAGGGCAAAGGCAAAGGAAAGGGUAAAGGUAAAGGUAAAGGCAAAGGUAAAGGAAAGCAGCCAAAACACCCGAACCUAACCAACAUAAAGGAGUCGACAAACACUGCUCGUAACAGGCUCGAGGCGAAGAUAUUUAAACCGUCUGCAUUAAAGCGAGUUGCCGCAGCUCAAAAUGAAAUUGCAUUCAAAAAAGUUCGGGACAAGUUUGGUAACCAGUUUAACUAUGCCCUCAAGUGAAGAUACAGGUUUGGUGCCAAGCUGAGGAUCAGUCUCUUAUAUAACAGUAAAAUCAUGAUGUCAAAUGACAAUCAACAUACAGUUAUUCACAGUAAAAUACCAAGACUUUGGUUCGGUUGGUUGGGAACGCAAACAAUUCCACAUGUGUUCAAAUUUCCACUUUUACAAUACUGUGACCUUUCAUCUACAUAAGUUAUAAACACUUGUUGUGGAUGAUGCAAACCAGAGGAUGAAAUACUUUUUCCUUAUCAUGUAAUGUACUCAUUGUAAACAUUAGCAAUGUACAAUUUCCUGUAGAAUGUGAUAUUGAGAUGCAAUAACCUAGAGAGAGAAUAAUGAAUUAUGUAAUUCAUAUACGCACAAAUUAAUUAAAUAUGAAUAUCAUUGUCCACAGGAAUUUGAUGAUAUAUCACUAUUAUAUAUUAUAAUAAUAAUCCAGGUGAAAAAUAUGCUAUAAUGACCUAAGUAGCUGUAUACAUGUAGUAUAGAAAAGUAUAAUACAUGUAUACUAUAGUAUAGUGUAAUACAGUUAGGGGGUAUUUUUUCAUCUGGACUAUUAUAACAUUAUUGAUUGCUUAUUUCUGUAUUGGCCUAGUUAUAAGUCCAAUGCCUGCUGUAAUGCUGUCUAUAGUAUAACUUAUUUUAUUUUGAAUGCAGAAAAAUAACAGAGUAUUAGUGAAUGAGUUUGACCAUUUUUAUAUUUAUAUAUUAGAGUAUGUAUGCUCAAAGACGGGUAUUUACAGUACAUGUAUAUUUAUGAGCAAUAAUAAAAGGACACGGGUGUUAAAGAUUUCAUGUUGAUCUACUUUACAAUCGUAUGUGUUAUUUAUUCAGUUGUAUUCAGCGAACAGUAAAACCUGUCUAUUUGACACUGAUGUGUGUUAGACAGAUUUUAAAGGAUUUUUUACUUCUGUCCUUUGAUUAACACAAUUGUCAGAUUUUGUCAGACACUUGUGUCAAGAACUUUGUAUACACCGGCCUUCCGUGGUGCGAUCCGUCUGUCCAUUUGUCCAUCUGUCAAAAUUUGGCUUGAAUUGUCUGCAGCUUCUUGACUAAAGUUUAAAGUAUUUACCAAAAUUCCAUGAAACUUUACAUGUUCCUAACAUCAAUCUGUUGAGCCCAAUCAAAAGUCAAGGUCAUACUUCAAGGUCAAGGUCACAAGUCCAGGAACUUUACAUAAUAAUGAGGAAACAGUAUAUUUGGCUUGUCUGCAAUUCCCCGAGUAAUAUUUUCACACAAAUUCAUUCAAGUAAUCCUAACAUCAAUCUCUGGAGACCAGUUGAAAGUCAAGGUCAUGCAUUGAAGGUCAAGAUCAUAGCUACAGAAUCUUUACAUUAUGAUGAGAAAUUAGAUAUUUGGGUUGUCUGCUGGCUUUUGACAAGAUUUCUUGCAA